AUGCGCGCGAUCCGCAAUACUUGGAUUCGCCCGAAGCUUCGUCACCAGUUUAGAUUUGAAGUAAACAUCGUUUGGUACCGUACGAGGACCAAGCGGGUCUCUGCUGUUGAAGUCGAGCAGCUCAACCCGGCACGGAACACGGGCAGCCCGUUCGCCGGGGAGGCGGAGAUAACGCCAGUUCAUGAGACCAGCGGUGAAUGUGAGCAGCAGAAGCUCGCGCGCAAGUGGCUCGAGUGCGAGCAAAAUGGUGCGUCGAUCACGGAGCGCGUGUUUGUGGCCCAGGACUUGCAGGCCGUUGCGAGUCAAAGCCGGAGAAGCGCGAGAAUGAGUCGAGUGUCGGGCGAGCAGAGCUACCUGGCAUUCGUUGAGCAGAGCCAGAACGACGGGGUGGAGCCGUUCGUGGUGGUGGUUGUGGUUCGAGGAAGCGGGCGACUCGGAAGGGGUAGCCCUUUGACGAGUCUGAUUGUUGUUGCACGUGGGCUUGCCGGCGGUGACCAGAGCGACGGACACAGGUUCGAUGUGUGCGUGACUGCCCCGGUGACCCUUAAGCGUGUCUGCGCGGUGAUCCGCGGUCCUGUGUGA